UUGGUUUUGGACACUUCACGACGCCGACAUGCCGCCGUCGACGACCGCGUCCGGCCUUCCCUUCGACACGAUGAAUGAGACUGCGGACCCUCGAAACGACUUCAAGGAGUUUGCGUGGGGACGGUGGGUCGACCAGAACCCAAUUCCGGACGAAUACCCGGCGUGGGGAGUCUUCUACAAGUUGCGCGACGACGUCCUGGCCAACUUGCGAGCGUUGUGUGACGAAUUGGCGGAAAAGAAGCAGUCCCUUGAAGCUGGAACGCCGAGUGCACAAAUCGCUCAGUUCUGGGGAACUGCGUUGGAUGAGGAUGCUGUGGAAGCGGGGGGUACCGAGGCCUUGAACCCAUUGUUUGCCCGUAUCGACGCUGUCGACUCGGUCGACGCGUUUAUUGAAGCCGUGGCGUUCCUGCAGUCGAAGGGACUGCAAUGUCUGUUUGGAUUGACGGUCGUGCCCGAUUUCAAGCAGUCGGAAAUCCUUCGAGUUUUGGUUGCGCAAGGAGGGCUUGGACUGCCUGACCGCGACUACUACACGGAAGAAGACAAGGCGCCUCUUCUCCAAGCCUAUCGCGAUCACAUUGCACACACUUGGGACCUACUUUACGGCGGCAACAGCAGUAGUGAUGGUGCUUUUGUUUCCGAAACAGUCGUCACCAUCGAAUCCAAGCUCGCCAACGUGUCCCGCACGCGCACCGCCAUGCGCGACGUCGUGUCUCUCUACAACAAGCGAACGGAAACGGACCUGACCGCCGCGCCGUUCCCGUGGACGGCGGUGUUUCGAGGCCUCGGCACGUGCGUCCCCGAGAUGGCGAUUGAAGCCACGCCGGAAUUCUUCACGUUUCUCGUGGCGGACCUGACGCCCGAGACGCUGCCGCAGUACAAGACGUAUGCAAAGUGGCACAUUCUGCAUCAACUGCUGCCGUACUUGCCAGCUCAGUACGUGAACGCGAACUUUACGUUUUCCCAAAAGCUAUCGGGCACCAAGGAGCUCGCGCCGCGGUGGAAGCGCGUUGUAGAGACGCUGAACAACAGCUGCGGCGACUUGCUCGGCGCCGUGUACUGCGAGCGCUACUUCAACGCGACUGCCAAGGACGCGAUGCUCGAAUUGGUCGGGUACCUCAAGCUCGCCCUCCGGGAAAAGAUUCUGGCGCUGGAAUGGAUGACGGACGCGACCAAGGCCAAGUCGAUCGAGAAGCUCGAUGCUUUCCAAGCGAAAGUGGGGUACCCAGACAAAUGGGUCGACCUCUCGUCCAUUCAGUUGACCGGGACAUACGCCGACAUGGUGCUUGAGCUCCAGCGCUUUCAGUUCCACGACUUGUUUGGCCGCGCCAACAAGCCCGCGGAAAAGUGGCGGUGGGAAAUGCCGCCGCAGGUCGUCAAUGCGUACUACCACCCGAUGUACAACGAGAUUGUGUUUCCUGCAGCCAUUUUGCAGCUCCCUGCGUUCAGUCUCGAUCGAGACGCCGCGAUGAACUUUGGUGCGAUCGGGGCCGUGAUCGGGCACGAAAUGACCCACGGGUUCGACGAUCAAGGCCGAAAGUUUGAUGCCCGUGGCAACAUGACCGAGUGGUGGACGCCGGCGGACGUCGAAGCGUUCAAUGCUCGUACCAAAGUCGUCGUCGACCAGUUCAACGGGUACAAAAUUCUCGGCAAGUCGGUCAACGGCCAAAUGACGCUCGGCGAGAACAUUGCCGACAUUGGCGGGCUCAAGAUCGCAUACCGUGCCAUGGAGCUGUACUUUGCAGACCACACCAAGCCGGGCGAGAUCGACGGCUUCACCCCCGAGCAACGCUUCUUCCUCGCGUGGUCGCAGUUCUGGGCCAGCCAUGCCCGCGACGAGCAAGCCCUCAAACUGCUCAGCGUGGAUGUGCACAGCCCCGGCGAACUGCGGUCGUACGUCCCCCUGAAGAACUUGCCUGAGUUCUACAAGGCAUUCCAUGUUGAAGAAGGCCACAAAAUGUUCCUUCCAGUGGACGAGCGCGCCGCUGUGUGGUAAAUGCUGCUCUCAACCUGCAAUGUCGGUGCCCGCUGCGUGCAGUUGAUAUGCGUAAUACAGCGACUUGCGACCCAUUCCUUGGGGAUUCGACCCAACC